AAAAUAAAAGGGUGGAGAGAAGAAACGCAAACAAGCAAAAUGAAAGGCAUUAGACUCGAAGCUAUAUAUAGCAAAAAAGCUUUGACUUCUUCUUUGUCAUCGUCGUUGUUCUCUACCAAUUUUCCAAUCCCAGUUUCUCAGAAAAUUGCAAUAGAAUCACCUCUCCAAAAAUUUGAUUAAUUUCUUCUAACAAAUAUCAAAAAACAAACACGACAAAAUUGGAAUGGAAUACAUUUAUUAUCAGAAAUAGUUAAGUUUUCUUCUCUAAGUUAAUUCAAAUCCAACGAAAAGAGUGUGUCUGUGUGAAAGAGAAUAAUUAUGUCGUGGUUUAGAUCGGCGGUGUACAGAGCAGUGGAAGCCGGAGGGAAAACCAAGUUGACACACAAAGUUCGAAGCUACGCCGACACAGUAGUCUAUCAUGCUGGCAAUUCUGUGGUCGAGGGCGCCAAGAUCAUCACGCAUCGUAUUGGGGCUGGGAAUUCGAAAGACUUUCGGCUUACCGUCAAAAGACUGGAGGAAGUUUCUGUGUCUUGUAGAGGAAUGGAAAGAAUAGAGUUAUUGAGAAGGUGGUUGGUCGCACUUAAAGAGGCUGAGAGAUCAUCUGCAGCUUAUUCCGAGAACUAUUACAGGCAUCUCAAUGAACCCAUUAUCUCUGAUGAGGCCAAGGAGCCUCCAAACAUACCCACUCUGGAUUAUUAUGUCGACCCUGAUCUUGGGAAAAUGAGUUUUCACAAUGUAUUUCUUUACAGUCGAGCUCUUGAAGGCAUGACAUUGUCCGUGAUUCUUGAAGCACCAAAUGAGGAAGAAGUUUCAUUGCUUCUAGAGAUAUUCGGGCUAUGUCUUGCAGGAGGAAAGGAAGUUCACAAAGAAGUUAUGAACAACAUACAGGAUUUGGCUUCAACAUUCUCUAGUUACCAAGACGAAGUACUGGUCAAGCGAGAUGAAUUGCUCCAAUAUGCUCAAUGUGCAAUUUCAGGGUUGAAAAUAAAUGCUGAUGUUAUAAGAAUAGACGCUGAAGUUUGCAGUCUAAUGGGGAAACUUGAUAAAAUGAAGACAUUCCAUCAAUUAUCAAAUGGAGCUGGGGAACAAUCAUUUGAAGAAACAGAGUUUAACAAGGCUGUUGAAGAGACGCUUGAACAAAUUGAACUAUGUUUCACGUUGGAGACACUUUUACUAAAGAAGAAAUCUUUGAGCAAUGGGGAUUCUCCAGAGUUGCAUGCUGGAAAGGUUGAUAAAUUGAAAGUUUUGUCGGAGUCUCUUCUAAAUUCAAUGUCAAAAGCUGAAAGACGUAUUAUGGAGAACAGGUUUCAAAAAGAUGAAGCACUCAGCUUUCGUGUGGCUAAAGCCAGUGAAGUUAGGCAACUUGAAAUGGAAUUGGCAAAUGAGAUUGAAGAUCUUGAGAAGCAAAAGGAUGAACUUGAAGCUGCAUUGAAAAAGGUAAAUUCCUCGUUGAUCGCUGCUCGGGCACGACUUCACAACGUUAGGGAAGAACAAGAACAGUUUGUUCAUGCCAGUAGUGAGAUUGUAGUUCACUUGGAAGCUAGGGAGGAUGAGCUCUCAAGGUCAAUGUCUUUAUACAGAUUAGAAGCAGAUGUUGUUAAUGCCUGGAUAAAUUUUCUUCAAGAUACCUGGGCUGCACGGACCACUCAUGUUGAGCAAAAAGAAAAGCAGGUCAAUGCGGAGUUGGAGAAAUAUGGAGAUUAUUUUGUCAAUUUGGUUAUUCAUCUUCUAAUGUCUCAUAAGGAACAAUUGGGGCCUUCCAUCACACGUGUUAAAGGAUAUCUUGAGGAUUUUCAUUCAUUUCAACGGCCCGAGAUAGCACCUAGUGUGAAGGAUAAUGAUACAAAUAUAGAAAACCAAAGAAAAAUUAUUGAAAAGGAAUACCUGGAUUUGGAAGGGAAGCUUUUAACCACUUCAAGGACGAUGGAAAAUGUGAAAAAGCAGUUUUACAAUGGAAGUAAAGGCAUUUACAGGAAAGAUGAUGAAAGGGUGAAGGAGCUAUUCAGUGCUAUUGAAAAAAUGAAAGAGGAAUUUGAUUCCAUUGAGAGACCAGUUUUUGAAGUUGAAACUCCGCUACAAAGAUCACUCUCAGUAUCCCCUAGAGGCAAGCACACAUCUAAGACUGUAGUAGACAAACAUCUUAGGAAAGUUAAAUCAUCUUUGCUGCUUCGAAGAAAGUCGCUAAUCCUGGUCGAACUCGAAGAACUCGAGUCUGAACUUGGGAAAGAUGAUGCAGACUAUUUGCCAGAUGAGAUUGGUGAGUGGGAGUUUGAUGGACAUCACAAUGAACUAGAAGUAACCAAACGACCAUCAAGUUAUGGAGGUGCAAUUUGAUUCGGGAGUUUCACUCUGAAAGAGGUGAUACUAGCAAUGUUAGAUCCAUCAUGAUGUAAAUUUUUAGAGACUUCUAUACAAAUAUGUAUUUUCACAUGUCAAAAGUAUGAUAAAUGAUUAAUUGAGCCAAUGAGUUUUGGAUUUUGAAUGGUAUACAAAAUGUAUGAUAUGAUUGUUCUCUUUU